UUCGAUAGUUCAGGCCGAUAUCUGUUCAGUGUUGGAAAGUAUCGCAACAAUGCUGGUAACUGAGCUGGGCAGUGUUAUUGCUGUUUCGGUUUUGCUGCAAAAGAUGCACUUUUGAGGCGCAGCGAGUGUGCACCCACGCCACACGUCCUAGACCCCUAGAAGUGCAGCAGUUGCAGUUGCAGUGGCAGUUGAAAGUGCGCGGAGGAGAGUCCGGCGGAGGAGAUCCAGCAGGAAUUCGGGCCAGGGCGUCGAAUGGUGUUUUUGUGGAGUGGAAAGCGGACGGGCGGAAAAAGUGGAAAGCGGAAAAGUGAAAAGCAGUGAGCUACUGCACCCACCAAAAGCUACCCAACAAAACUACAAAACCAAGACGAGCCCCAAUAAUGGAGUCACACCAGCCGCCGAAGCGGCCAUCAUUGCAUUUACUCACGGAUGAGGCGGGAGCAGGAGCUGGAGGAGGAGCAGGACCUGGAUCAGUGGGUGGAGCGAUAGCUGAGAUGUCGCCCACUUCCGGCUUCCUGCCGGACAUGCCGCAGUGGAAGAAGGAUCUCAUCCAGCGGCGCAAAACGAACGUGGCCCGCACCCAGGCGGCGUCCGUCGCCGCCUCACCCACCGAGGCCGGCGGUGGCAGUUGUGGGGCUUUGCCGGAAGUGCCAGUGCCAGGUGCCAGCAAUUCAGACGCUAGUCAAGCACUGGCCAAGAGAAAUGCGAAUGCGGCGCUGCUAGCAGAGGAAAAGUCUGAGAAAUCUCUAACCGGAGGUCAUCAUACCCAAGGCAAAGACUUUGUUGUUGCAACAGAACUACCAACAACAACAACAACAACAACACCAUUAGCACCCAUACCAAAGCAGAGAUCGAGUUUACUAAACACUCAACGAAGUCAGGAGCAACAGUCAGAGAUUCUAAAUACGGAUCUGAGAGAGCGUGGAGAGCCGGCAGCAGCGGUAGGCAUGGUGGGGCUGUCAGUUCGCUCCCAUAUUCGUGGUGAAGUUGAAUCUGGCACAGCGGCAGCAGAGACAACUGGAGCAUUAACGGAGACAGCAACAGCAGCAGCAGCAGCAGCAGCAACACAAGCGGCAGCGACAGCAGCGGCAGCAGCAGCAACGUCGUCGUCGUCAGCAAAUCAAUUGUUAACGAAAUGCAAACCCGGCCAGAGCGUUGCUGAAGGCUCGUUGUUCCCAGAAGCGAGCCAACUCGAUAAUAAGAGCUCUAGCUCCAGCUCCUGCAAGACAAAAUCUAUAUCCGAUAAAUUGCAGAGCAACAAGUUCAUCCAACAACAACAGCAGCAACAACAACAACAACAGCAGCAACAUCAUCAACAACAACAACAACAGUUAGUGUCGCCCAGCAAGGUAACGGUAAAACCGACAAUGGUCGCCAUGCAAGAAAUGAAAAAAACGACGAAACAAAAUGGCCAGCACCACCACCGACACAUACCCGGAAAGAUCAGUGCUGGCAGCGGCAGUGCCGGUGGAGAUCCCGAAGGUAGUCCCUCAAAUCUACAGGAUUCUCUGGUGGACACUGGAGAGGAUCUAAGCUAUGGACCGGGCAUUGUAUCGAAGCUACGGUGUCGCUACCUCAGCCUGGCCCUGCGCGAAUCUCGGCAGCAGAACAGCAAACAGCGCCUCCAACGAUCCACCAGCCUGAACACGCUCCUCGAUCGCGACGACGACGAGGCCGAUGGGGAGGGGGAGGCGGAACUGGCCGAGGAGACGGUGGCCAUCAGUCAAGUGCGUGCCAAAUCCACACCGCCACCCAUUUUGGGGGCGAAGCCAACGCCAAGGCCCAUCCAGCGACCGGUUAGCUUGGGUGCCAAUGGAACAGUGCCACCCACAGCACCCAGCUCUGUCCAGAAUCCGCCCAGCGACGACACCAAGCCCGGUGUGGUGGCCAAUGGCAACCGAUCGAGGCACUUUAAGCGCGGUAAUGAGGUGAUGAAGCGGGCCCGGUCCGUGGAGGCCCUGCUCUGCGAGAAGUCGCCGUGGAAUAGUCAGCGCAGCAGCAACAUGACACCAGGAUCCAAUGCACCGGCAGCCAAAACGAUGGCAAUGGCGGUAGCCACCUCACCGGCCGCCUCGCCCACCUGCGUCACCAUCGAGGACAAGAUCCAUAAUGCCCGGGAACGGUUGCACAGCGGCACGGAUACUGCGCCACCGAAGCGUCUGGCCUCGAUUAUCGAUGAUACGGAACGACCGCCACCCGAUCUUGUCAAGCAAACGCUCAAGAUGUUCGAGGCGAGCGCCAAUCGCCGGCCCAGGACUGCCCACCGCUCCAAUGGAGUUGGAGGAGUGGCCAGCAAGGUGGCCAGCUACAAGUCGAUAAUCAAGGAGCAGAAAGUGGCGCCGACCAGUGUCGGCUUUGCCUCCUCUACGCCACUGCGUCCAGUUAAUCAUCCGGAUAUAAUACCAAGGCAGGCGAUGCGGCGCAUCGAUCUGGCAGAGACGACGGCGGCGGAGGAGCAGCAGCCGGCGGAGGAGCAGGUGGCCACCAUAACACAGCCCAGCGAGGCGCCGAGCGAGACUGAGGCGAAGGCGGCGCACGACGAGGGUGAUGGAGACAGAGAUGAGGGCGAUGUCGCAGGGGAAGGCGAAGGCGAAGGCGAUGACGACAACAACGAGAAGCACGACAACGAAGGCGACGACGAUGGCGAAGGCGAUGGCGAUGGCGAUGGCAGCGACGAUGGCGAUGACGACGAAAACAAUGAGUGCCAGCUACGCUCCGAUAAAAUGGGCGCGGCAGGCGAUAAGCCCAGUCCGGCGACGAAGAGCCCGGCGACGGAAGCGGGAGGCGCCCUGCACCGAUCAUUCGCUCCCACGACUGAGAACGUGCAUGUAGCAGCAGCUGUAGGAGCAGCAGUACCAGUACGGAAACUAAACACGGAAUCAUCAUCAUCCUCGUCCAGUACCACCAAGCAGAUUGGAGUUAUCCGGCCGCUAUUUAACAGCCAGGGCAUCACGCCGCCAUUGACGAGUCGGGAGAUCGAAAAGAAUCGGAUCAAUGAGAUGAAGAAGUCAACGGAAGCCGGCGGCAUUGGAUCUGGAGCGGGUGGAUCGCUCGGCUCACCCACCACUAGUCUCGAUACCGUGAUAAACACCAAGGAGCCACCCACCAGCAGUAGCAGUAGUCACCAGAACCUCCAUCAUCUCCAUCACAAUCAUAACAAUUGUGAAACGGAUGCCACCACCGCCUCACCGAUGGUUACGCUGCGAAAGACAAGGAAUCAGGGAGCCGGAGUCGUCGGAGUGAUGGCCAGUUCCAGUCACACGGCGACGGACAACUCGAUGGUGUUCAACUUCUCGAAGAGCACCAAGGGAGUCCCGGAUUAUAUCGAAAGCGAUGUUGUGAUCUUCAGGCGCAAGCGGGAGCUGCCAAAGCCAAAUGAGCCGGGAUUCGUGUUGCUGGGCGACCUCUCCGUGGAGACGUCGACGGACACGGACUACGACGACCUAUCCAUGUGCCCGCCAUCGCCGUGCGAUGUGGAGUUCGAGAAUGCCAACAUUGUGAUUGAUGGAAAGUCCAGCAUACGCCACAAACCCAAAGAGUCGACGUUCCGCGUGCAGUUCAACGACACGCUGACAUCGACAUUUGAAUACCCCUCCGAGGCAUCGAUGACCAUUGACGACCCGCCGUACGCCGAUCCCUUCGGCCAUGUUGGCAAGCACCACCAGCUGCCCCUGGCGGAGCAGAUGCAGUUGCUCCAGCAUCGCCAGCAGUUGGAACUGGAGCAACAGCAGCAUCAGCAGCAUCAUCAUGUUACUGUGGAUGAGAUCAUUGAGUUGCCCACCUCGACGGCGGGACAGGGAUUAGGGCAUGGACAUGGACAUGGGCAUGGACUUGGACACAGUAACAACAAGCAGGCGGCGUCGGUGCCGGGGGCGACGGGGGGCGGCACGAUGCUGGGGAAUUUACCGUUGGAUUACCCAAGUUUAGGGAGGGGUAUUAUCUUGCAACAGUUGCCACAACAACAGCCACAGCAGUCGCCGCCCGAACCUGCCAUAGCCAGUGUGGCAACAUCCGAAGCACCAUCACCUCCGCCAAAAGAAACAGCAACAAUGACACAACCAUCGGCAACCGGAUUGGCGCCAAUCGCUGCCAGAAACAACAACGAUGUCACGGUCGCCAAGCGCCCCCAGCUCCCGGCGAAGCCACAGCCGCUGCGUAGAAGCCACCGUCCUUCGGUGUUGCUGAAGCCGCAGUAUGCCUGCUUCCUGCAAAACGAUGAUGCCACACCCAGAUCCCUGCCAGCUACAAGAGGACCUCGCAAGGCGGCCUCCUUCUCCUUUUCACCAAUGGCACGGCAGGAGGCAGGAGGCACUUCGGAGGAGCAAUCGCCGACACAGCAGAGUAAAUAUGAUAAAGGAGAGCACGAUCAGCUCCAGAUCCAGAUCCAGAUCCCUGACCAACGGGAGCCACGUCGUCGGCCCAGUCUGCCGUCGUCGCUGGCCCUGCCCAAUGCCAGCACCGCCCUGCUCCAGGCCCGCAUACCAGGCACUACGCUCUACUAUGUCUGAUGUCCCGAUGCCGCCACUCUAAGCUCUCCUCAAAAAAAAAAAAUAAAAAAAAAAACCAAAAAACACCAACAGACUCUACUCCAAAACAAGAACCAGAAACCAGUACCAGUACCAGUACCAGAACCAGAGAUAUCCCCAGCCAGCCACCGAAACAUAUUAUUUAAAUGUAAACAGAAUACAUAAGCAAAUCGUUGAAAUAAUAUCUAUUGUAUACCGAAACCAAACAAACAAAAAAAAAAAAAUACUGAAAUGAAAUGAAAGAAAAUUAAAUC